UUUUCUUUAGUCUAAAAUAAAAUACAGAAAAACCUGACCACCAAAAAAAACCACGCCCGUCUUGUUUGUUUUUCAGCUCAAACACUCCAAAUCCCAAAUAAACCCAUCUGAAUUUUCAGUUUUCGAGAUCGAUUUCUUCAUCUGGGCUAGCUUAAAUCUCGGAAUCACAAACUGGGUCCCGUUCAAUUUCCCAAAUAGUCGAUCAAAAGGAUAAGUCUCAUGGAUUGGUAUUACAGCGUUGAUGAUCUUGUUGUUCCAAAUGAUGGACAAUUGGAUAGGCUUCCAUCACCGGACAGUUGGUCAAGAUGGGGAAUUAGUCCAUCUGAAUAUUUUCAGUCGACUAAUAAAUGCUUUUCAACGUAUCCCCAAUUCAACAAGGAGUCCAACUUUAGUGGUAACAGUUUGUUUGGUGAAGUCGAGAUGGAAACUUCUGUUAAUGAAAAAGAUCCGUCGAGCAGUUCAAGUGCAUGUGAAGGAUUGUCCGAGGCCUCUCUUCAGCAGACCACUCUUUCAUACAAUCGGGCUAAUAAUCAACUUGAAGACCUAGCAGGACUCGAACAGAUGGAUGACAUUUUCCUGAGUUCCUUACUUGACGAUCUUCCUGGGGCAGAAAACGCACACAAAUCAUUCUCUUUUUGUUCUGAUUCCAAUGGCUUGUUACCCACUGAUAGUAUCUCGACAAGCACGAGUUUGGAAGCAUCAAGUAUCUCGAGCAGCGUGCGCAGUGCAGGAAAUUCAAUGUAUCUUCAAACUCAUGCAUUUUCACCAACUGUGGGUUCUGAUAAACGAGAUGCCACUACUUCACAGUUUAAUCAGUGCAACUCGGAGAACGAAAAUUUCCUUCCAGUAAAGACAGCAAGAGUUUUUGCCCUACCUGAGCAAAGCAACAGGAAUGGACCCAUUGGUGAGGAGUCAUCAGUUGAAGAGUCUGUAUUACAUGAACUGGAAAUGGUGAUGAAACAGUUGAAUGAGAAGACCCGAAUUUGCUUUCGAGAUUCCUUGUACCGUCUUGCAAACAACUCAAACGGAAAUCACACUACACAGAGCCAAGAUGGGGCUGAAGCAAUGGAAAAAGAAAAACCCUUAUCAUGGACAGCCCAGGAUGAAACAGUCAGGUCAGGGAGCAAUAAAGGGACGGAAUCAGAGACGAACGCCAUUGACAGAGCAAUCGCAAACCUCAUGUUUAAUGAGAUGAACUUUAAUGCACAGGACCUUUCUGGAGGCGCAUCAUUAGACUCCAAACAAGAAGUCACUGGAGCGACUGGGCAACAAGCUGACGACGCUUACCGACCACAAAUCUCUCAUUCACAUAUCCCCUCACUUGUACCACAGGAUGCUGAAGUUCCAACUCUAGGUGAAAUAAACAUGGAUGUGGCGACAGAUGAUGAAAUGCACAUCAGUUUCUCGUCGUGUAAUGCUGGUGGGAAGCAAAAAGCUCCAAUGAGGGAGUUCGCAUCUACAACUGAGUUCUAAAAGGCUAUUCGAACAACGGCAUAUAUGGCCAAGGUUUGUGGUCAAAGAACCUUGCUCGAAUUGCUUUGAGGACGUUUGUUACUUCUCUUGUACAUACAAAUCCCGUCUAGUUAGUGUGCAAUGUUCAAAGAUUUGAUGUAUCUCUGUUCUGCUCAGUUUUGAUUGACAUGCGAAUGAGCGAAUUUAAUUCAGGUACCUCGUCAUAGACACGAAUUUACGCUUUCCUACUGAAGGCUCGUUCUAGUUACGCUAUAGUGUGUUAUAUUCAGAAGACUUUACAUGCAUCCUCAAGCGUGUGCUGUAACUUGUUUGGAUAAUUAUAUGGCAAGUUACAUUUGUGGUCUCUAGUGUAUGGGAUUGGUAUCACUAUAAAUCUCUAUUUCGCUUUCGA